AUGGAAGACGAAGCAGUCGAAGAAGGCAAAACACCUCUGUUACAGUUCAUGCGCGUCUCCUUCUCAUGGCCAUCAUCCUCUGAUUCUGCUCUAUUCUUGCUCGUUCGAGAAUGCAGAACACAGACUCAUACUUUUUGCUUGUUGCAGGUGAAUAAAAUCAACACUGAAAGAGAGAAGGAAGUGGGAAGGAGGCGACAUGGAUGGGAACUUCCUGCUCACACUUUUCAGGUUGUAGCUAUUACAGUAUACUUCUUACUAUCAGUUGCCUUCUAUGCAUUUUUCUCACCUUUUCUCGGAAAGGACAUCUACGAGCAUGUGGCAAUCGGUGUCUACUCCUUCUUGGCUCUCUGUGUAUUUAUCCUUUAUGUAAGAUGCACAGCUAUUGAUCCUGCUGAUCCUGGCAUUCUAAUCGACCCAAACAGGGCAAUGGCAUCACCUUAUAGAUCCCAUAAUGGAACCGAAUUACCCGGAAAUGGAUCAUCUGUUGGAGAAGCUAGCAAGAUUGGGUUUCAGAAUGUUGGAAUAUAUGAAAAUGGUAGCUCAGGUUGUUGUUCAAAAGUUUGGGGAUUCUUUUGUGGUUGUAUUGUAAUAGAGGAUUGUAGAAAAGAUGAAGAUAUGCAACAAGGAGGGGAGGAAGAAGCUUUGUUUUGUACACUAUGCAAUGCUGAGGUGCGAAAGUAUAGCAAACACUGCAGAAGUUGUGAUAAAUGUGUUGAUGGGUUUGAUCAUCAUUGUAGGUGGUUGAAUAAUUGUGUAGGGAGGAAAAAUUACUUCACAUUCGUGUGCCUAAUGGCUGUAAGUGUUGUUUGGCUGACUUUUGAAUGUGGGGUCGGGAUUGCUGUUCUUGUUCGAUGUUUUGCUGAUAAAAAAUCUACAGAAAAUCAGAUUGCAGAUCGCCUUGGAGAUGGAUUUAGUAGACCUCCAUUUGCAACUGUUGUGGCUAUAUGUACUGCUGUUUCUUUUCUUGCCACUAUUCCACUAUGCGAACUCUUCUUUUUUCACAUAAUCCUCAUCCAAAAGGGGAUCACAACAUACGAAUAUGUAGUUGCAAUGAGGACUCAAAGUGAGCCUCCAGGAGCAUCAAUAGAUGGAAUGGAUCAACAAAGCUUGCAAUCAUCUCCAACAAGCUCUGCAAUCACUGCCAUUAGUGGAAGAAGCUCCCAUGGCUUAAGCUUACAACACAAAGGUGCUUGGUGUACGCCUCCAAGAAUUUUCAUGGAUCAACAGGAUGAAGUGGUCCCACAUCUAGAACCAGGGCGCCUACCAUCAACGGUUGAUCCGGAUGCAGUUGACAAGGGUAAGAAUUUACCAAAACGCCCUGUGAGAAUCAGCGCAUGGAAGCUUGCGAAACUGGAUUCAAAUGAAGCAAUCAAAGCAGGGGCAAAAGCGAGGGCGUCAUCCUCUGUUUUGCGCCCUAUAGGAUCUAAAUUCGAUCCUGACCGUUUAUCAAGUAGCAAUGUGAGUGGGAGAAGCAGCCCUUCGCAUUACAAAUUUCAUGAAAGGAGCCACUCAAAAAGCUCUUAUCCGCCUAGUCGAGCCAGCAGGGAUGAUGACGUGGAUACAUGUAAUCAUAGUGUUAGUAAUUUAAGUAGUCCGGCUCCUGGUAGAGACCAUUUUAACCCUGUGUACCAGUCUUCAGCGAAUCAGUCCCCAUGGUCUGGGAAAAAUGAGCCAAUGGUGGUGCCUCCUCCUCCCCUUCCUCCUAGAAGAAACAACAACAACAACAACAACAAUAACAACUUGGGUGUUGGUGAAAGUACGAGAUCGUCCUCGGUGUAUUGGGAUCAAGAAGCGGGGAGAUUUGUUUCUGCUUCAACUACAAGAAGCGUGGGUGGUGGCUCUUCCUCUCAGGCUUCGGGGUCGGAGCUUACGUAUACGGGACGGUCGAUAUUUUUUGGUGGGCCGCUAGUUGGUGGUGGUCGGGGCGGGACCGGGAGCGGGCCGCCAGGUGGGGUGGCGGGUGGUGGUGGUGGUCAGAGGGGGGCGGCCACGUUGAGUUAUUAUCAGCAAGGUAGAGCGCAGAGAGGAGGGCAGCUACCGGUGUUUGUGCCGAAUGAGCAAAAUCAGACUCCUAGAUUAUAAUGAGAUUGUUUAUCUAAUUUGGUUAUUGGACUUGUGUAGAUUUGUUUCUUGAAUAUUUAUUUAUCAGCAAAUUUUGUUGUGUUUCUUGACCUAUUGCAUGCAUACCUUUGUGUUCGGUUUGUUGAGCUUGAAUGUAGCAACACACUCAACCUUUGUGUCUUAACUCUUAAGGGUGAGAAACCUGCUUACAUGCUUGAUGAUAGGUAACCGGGUGAAUAAGACGCAUCACACAUGGAUUAAGUGACUAGAAAAGCAUGAGAUGUACAAAGUUCUCAUGAUCAAUGAGAUUGUGUAACGUCUACAACUGAGCAAGAUAAUGUUAUUGAUAAUGUGAUUG